AUAGAUUUAGGUUAUAGAUCUAGAUCUAUCUAGAUCUAAAAUACUAGAUCUACUCAAAAAGUCUCAAUCUAGACAUCUAUAGAUCUAGUUUAUAGCUAGAUCUAGGCUUGGAUUAAGGAUUAGGAUUAAUAGAGUCUAGAUUUAAAAUCUAACAGAUAAUGGCAACAAGGCAAAGUUUAUUUUUGAUUAAUUUUUGCAAACAAUUAAAUACAAUUGUUCAAGACAGAUGCAAAGAUAGAGUGAUCUCUAUGAUUAGAAUGGGAUACUCCACAGUGUCAAAUAUUGAUCAAACUUACAUACCUAGGCGUACAGUGAUGUACGUCCCUGGUCAUGAUCCAAAGAAACUCAAAAAAAUUCCUAAUCUUGGAGUAGAUUGUGCUGUUUUAGAAUGUGAAGAUGGUGUCGCUAUCAACAUGAAGGUUCAAGCAAGAAAGAAUAUCAGAGAAGCCUUGGAGUAUUUAAUUGUUAAAAAUGUGGACCUUGCCCUAAGAGUAAACUCGUGUUCAAGCCAGCUGAUGGAAGAUGAUUUAGGAGCCAUCAUUGGGUCUGAUAUUGGAGAGCCUGCAAAAGUUGAGCGUCUCCCUCAAACUAUACUCCUACCUAAACUUGAUCAUGUUCAAGAGCUAGUAACUUUCACAGAAAGGUUGAAGUCUGUGAAACUGAAUCGCAAGUACUGUCCUUAUCUUAUCACAUAUGUGGAAAGCACUCAAGGGUUAAUGAAUAUGAGAGAUAUAAUGAAACAAGCAGCCAAAUAUUCUGAGGAAGGUAUUUUUCGAAUGGAUGGUGUUGUUUUUGGCUCUGAUGAUUUUGUAGCCGACAUAGGUGCAGACAGAACAUCUGAUGCCAAAGAACUGAUUUAUGCUCGUCAGAAAAUUAUUGCCAUUGCAAAAGCAUUUAGACUCCAAGUUAUUGAUAUGGUUCAUGUUGAUAUUGAAGAUUUGGAAGGCCUUAAACGAACAUCAAUUGAAGGGGCAAAAAUGGGUUAUACUGGUAAGCAAGUAAUUCACCCAAAACAAAUUCAAACUGUUCAAGAAGCUUUCACCCCAUCUCCUGUCAAGGUCAAGUGGGCACAUGAAUUGAUCGAAGGAUUUGAACAGCAUCAAAAAUCAGGAAAAGGAGCUUUUGUUUUUAGAGGACAAAUGAUAGACAUGCCUUUGCUGCGCCAAGCUAAAAACAUCUUAAGAGUUGUUGAAAAUGUUCACAGGCCAUCAUAGAGCCUACAGCAGCAGCAGAAAAAUAUGUAAUUAUGACACAUAUUUUGAUAUUGCCAUUGCUAGACAUUGCCAUGUUAUUCAAGAAAUGAAUUGUGACUGAACUACUUUUAAAGAGGCCUGUAAAAUAUGUACAUCAUCCAAUGCAAGCUUCUCUGCAAUGUGAAAGUGUGUUGAUUUCGGCUGCAUCACCUUCAAAGUUCAAGAAACAAACAUUUGUUUGAGAGAAUGUUAUGUAUUUUUUUACACUGAAAAUUAGUGCUUAAAAAUGUAAGAGAUUUGUACAGAAAUUAACAUACCACAUACUGUAGAUGAUGUUGAACUUUCAAAAGAGCUUCUGUUAAUAAUCUUAUUGCCAACUUAGAAGCAAGAUUAGUGUACUCUGAGGAAGUUGAAGCAUCAUGAGAUAUUGUCUUCCAUAAAGAU